UUGGUAUAGGUGAUUAGCACACUAACCCAUACUUGCAGCCAUUGAGUCAAUUCCAACUCAUAGCGACAUUAUAGGACAGAGUAGAACUGCCCCAUAGGGUUUCCAAGGAGCCCCUGGUGGAUUUGAACUGCCGACCUUUUGGUUAGCAGCCGUAGCACUUAACCGCUACACCACCAGAGUUUCCUAGAACACACUAGGCACUCACUAAUGUUUAUUCAAUGGCACCCAGCUGUCCCCUCACCACAAAUUAUCUCACCUAACCUAUCCACCCCCCGACCCGCUUGUCUUUCUUCCCUUCCCACUUGCAGGGUCUGCUGUCCACAUCUCUUCCCUGAGCUGCCCACUGGGAGCAUGGCACUGCCCAUAACCCACGACCUAGGCCUGGGCACAUGGAGCCCUAACUCUCAGGAGCCCCACAGGGCUCUGGCACGCUGCAGAGGUGACCAGAAGCUGCCUGAGUACAAGGCAGUGGUGGUGGGUGCAAGUGGUGUGGGCAAGAGUGCGCUGACCAUCCAGCUCAACCACCACUGCUUUGUGGAGGACCACGACCCAACGAUCCAGGAUUCCUACUGGAAGGAGGUGGCUCUCGGCUGUGGGGGCUACAUCCUAAAUGUGUUGGACACAGCAGGACAGGCAACUCAUAGAGCCCUUCGUGACCAGUGCGUGGCUAUCAGUGAUGGUGUGCUGGGUGUCUUCGCCCUCGAUGACCCCUCCUCUUUGGACCAGCUGCAGCAAAUACGGGCCACCUGGGGCCCUCACCAUGCCCAGCCUCUUGUCCUGGUGGGCAACAAGUGUGACCUCGUGACCACCGCUGGAGAUGCUCAUGUUGCUGCUGCAGCUCUCGCCCAGAGCUGGGGGGCCCCCUUCGUGGAGACCUCGGCCAAGACACGCCAAGGUGUAGAGGAGGCCUUUGCUCUGCUUGUCCGUGAGAUCCAGAGAGUCCAGGAGGCAAUGGCGAAAGAGGCCAUGGAAGGAGCAGGCGGGCGUAAGGCCCGGCACAAGAAGGUCAUGUGCCACUGUGGCUGCUCUGUGGCUUGAAGAUCUUGGUCAAGAAAAGCGAACCCUCCCCCUGCCUAGGGCAUUGAUUCUUUUGACAUGAAACCCCUAGAGCAACUAGCU